CAUCUUCAGCAGGACAGUGAAGAAAGCUGGAGCGGGACAGCAGAUGCCAGACGAAAGGACUCUUUACCGAAGAUGGCCUCGCCAAGAACAGUAACCAUUGUCGCACUAUCCUUCGCACUGGGCCUCUUUUUCGUGUUCAUGGGCACAAUUAAACUCACGCCGAGGUUAAGCAAAGAUGCAUACAGUGAGAUGAAAAGAGCAUACAAGAGUUAUGCCAAGGCUCUUCCAGCAUUGAAAAAGAUGGGUGUUUCUUCUGUACUUCUACGCAAGAUUAUUGGUACACUUGAGGUGGGAUGUGGAGUGGUUCUGACCCUUGUGCCAGGGAGACCAAAAGAUGUAGCCAACUUUAUUCUGCUGCUGGUCAUGCUAGCAGUGCUUUUCUUCCACCAGCUGGUUGGAGAUCCUCUAAAACGCUAUGCCCAUGCCCUGGUGUUUGGUAUUUUGCUGACUUGUCGGCUACUCAUUGCUCGUCAGGGUGAGGACCGGCCUGAGAGGGAGGAGAGAAGAGAGGAGCAGAUCAAUGCCCAGGAAAAGAACAAAGUCAAAAUUUCUUAGCUCAACAAUUUCCACACUGGGAGCCUGGCAGCAGAUCCCUAUAUGUUUCUGUGGAUAGUAGAGAUUGCGCUGGGAAAAAAGCCCCAAAAUGUGAUUUCUAUCCCUCACUUACAUAUCAGCAGUCCAAAAAUCAGAUCUUAGUUUACCUUACCUCAUGUCUUCUGACCUGUAAAACCUCUUAUUUAAAUACAGAUCUUCACCUUGGACAAUCAUCAUUGUGGUAACUGUUUUGGCUGUGGAUCUGAAGCAAAGAUUAAACUAGUGUUAUUCCAAGCUGUAAUUUUUAUGCCCCGAAUUGAACAAUAUUGUACGAAAUGCUACUUUUAAUAUCAUACUGUGAUACAGUUAAGCUUCAAAUGCCGACGUUAUCUAUUAUUUCCUUUUUGAACUACUGACACAAAACCAGUUAUGUUUACUUUGAGGAUUUUUGUUUAAACAUUAGUAUUUAAAAGAGUAUACAAAUUUCCACCAAUCAUUUAACAUAAUUUAAAGGUCAUACAUGAACAGUGGAUGGAUUUUAAUCAUCAGUUUUAGCUUGCCCCAUGAAUCAAAGCAUUUUUCGGAUCCUCAAACUCUGCCAUAAUCAUCAAAAAUGAAAAUAUAGAACCUGUUUGUUCAGCUACAAGUUCUGCAUAUUAUUUAUUGUAAUGUAUCUGUUUUUUUUUACUUAAAGAAAUUUCAGAAGUUUCGUGUCUUUGUUUCUUUUACCAAAAUUGAUUUUCUAGCUGACACUUGAAAUUGUCCAAUAAAAAUCUUAUCCUUGGAAUCUAAUGGUUUCUUGCUCCUUUUAAGACCUAGAAAUACAAUAUUGUGUUUUCUCUUUAGAUUGAUACUUUUGGUGUCAUUAUGAAAACUUAAGGUAAAUUUUUUUGCAUUUUUUUUACUAUAGUAUUUUCUUUAGAAUGAUCAUUUGCUGUUUGUAUUGAGUGUAAAUACCUAACAGAGAACAUGGAUUUGAUUGGGAUGCAAUAACCUGGUCCGAUAACUUAAUUGGGCAUUUUACUUUACAAAGUAUGGGUCAUGUUGCACUUUUAACAGUGAGAAAAUACCAUGAUAUGUUUGUGCAUGCAGAUGCUGACAAU